AUGGGAGCGAGUAAAAGUACACUAUUACCUUUAGAAGAGGAGCAGUCGAUUUGUAGCGAAACAGGUUUUACAUCUAAACAACUGCGGCGAUUGUACAUCCGCUUUCAAGAACUCGGAAAACGAAAUCCAACAUGUGGAUAUUUGACGCGCGAAGAACUCUUAGAUAUACGAGAAGUAUCAUUAAACCCAUUAGGUCAACGUCUUGUUGAUGUCAUUAUAGAAGAUUAUGGCGAAGCAAAUAAAAUUAAUUUCAAACAAUUUGCUACUGUACUUGCUCAAUUUCGCCGUGGCAAAUCAAUAACUGAUUUGAAUACAAAAGAAAAAAAAUUAUUAUUUUUAUUUAGUAUAUACGAUCGUAAUCAUGAUUCAAAAAUUGAUCGCCACGAAUUAUUGGGUAUUUUAAAAAUGAUGGUCGGCGGAAAUAUUCAUGACGAACAAAUAGCUACGAUUGCUGAUCAUACUAUUGAAGAGUUGGAUUCUGAUGGAGAUUUAACAAUUACGUUCGAAGAAUUUUGUAAAACAUUAGCAAAAAUUGAUGUUGAUGAAAAAAUGUCAAUGAAAUUUUUAAACUAA